GUUCCAGCAAUCUCUCUAAGUUCUGUUCCACCUCGAAGGAGAACGCGCGCCGGAGUAAAGAGAAGAGAAGCCUCUCCUCCAUGGAUAGGGCUUGGGUUCUUCAUUUAUUUUUCUUCCUUAAUCUCAUCGUAUUUUCUAAUGCAGAGAUAAAAAAACUAAAGAUCAAGAGCGACUCACGCCCUAUGAUCCUAUUCGAGAAGUUUGGAUACACGCAGCGUGGAUUCGUCGCAAUCGCCGUCUCCGACGUCUCAUUAUCCUCUUCCUUAUCCACUCCCGAUCCCUCCCUAUUCGGCUUCUUCCUUCUAUCCGAGGAGGAACUGAUCCAGGCCAUCUACGAAUCCCAGCAGCAAACCCCCAAUUCUAACCCUAAUUCCAAUGGAGACAGCACUUGCGUUCUCUCCAAGCCAUUCAUCCACUUGCUCUUCACCUUCCGUGAUCUUUACAAACCCUCGAUGAAUAACUACAACAACUCGUUCCCAAUCACCCGCCCAGAUGAAUACAGUCUCUACUUCGCCAACUGUGCACCCGAAAGCCAGGUCUCCAUGUCCGUUCGUACGGAGAUGUACAAUGUUCGUCCCGAUGGCUCCCGCGACUUUCUCUCGGUUGGUCAAGCCCCGGUCCCGUCGAUCUAUUUCUUAUUCGCUCUUUUCUACGCCAUCUUCCUCGCCGUCUGGAUCUAUUUUUCCCUUUUUAAGAACCACCUCUCCGCCCACCGGAUCCACCAGAUCAUGGCUGCCCUUCUCCUCGUAAAGGCCCUCAACCUCAUUUUUGCUGCAGAGGACCAGCACUUUAUCCGCCUUUCCGGCACGCCCCAUGGAUGGGAUGUCCUGUUCUACCUCUUCCAGUUUCUAAAGGGGGUUCUCCUUUUUACAGUCAUCAUUCUUAUCGGCACCGGCUGGUCUUUUCUUAAACCCUUUCUCCAGGACCGGGAAAAGAAAGUCCUCAUGAUUGUGAUCCCACUACAGGUCGUUGCCAACAUCGCAUCUGUUGUGAUUGGCGAGACUGGUCCGUUCAUCCAGGGUUGGAUCACCUGGAACCAGGCUUUCCUCCUCAUUGACAUUAUCUGUUGUUUUGCAAUCAUAUUCCCGAUUGUGUGGUCUAUCCGAUCUCUCAGAGAGACUUCGAAGACUGAUGGAAAGGCUGCGAGAAAUCUUGCCAAGCUUACUCUUUUCCGGCAGUUCUACAUUGUUUUGAUCGGGUACUUGUACUUCACCAGGAUUGUGGUAUAUGCGCUUAAGACAAUUGCCUCGUAUAGGUACAAAUGGGUGAGCGUGGCAGCUGAGGAGAUUGCCAGCCUUGCCUUCUAUAUCUUCAUGUUCUAUAUGUUUAGGCCGGUGGAGAAAAACAAGUAUUUUGUGCUCAACGAAGAGGAGGAGGAAGCAGCUCAGGCAGCUUUGAGAGAUGACGAGUUUGAGCUUUGAGUUCAUGUACGGUGGAGUUUGGACGUUGCCUGACUUGCAGGUGGUAUAAAGAUCAACUUGACUACAUAUGCUGCCAAAAGAGGGGAAAAAUCUUCUUUGCGGAGUGAAAGCUACUUUUGCGUUUGCAGUGCAAAUUUAUCUGGUUUUGCCAACCUAUUUUGGACGUCUUAGAUCUUCUGAUAGUUGCGAGGGUUUUAUGUUUUUUUUUUUUUAUAAUUGUGUAGGGAUGCUUAAAUAUUAGUUUGUUUGACAAUUAUGUAUUUUUUUAAAAAUUUUGAAAAUGAUAUUAUUCCUUGUACUCGUGAGCUAGUUAGAGUUUCAAUUCAGCAUCUUCAUGCCCAUGCCACAAA